AUUUGAACAGCCCGAUUGAAAUUGUGUUUCUGUUUUCCCUUCCCAAUUUUUGAGGCAUAAUAGAUAUAUAUUUUUAUAUAUUUUGUUUUUUACUCUGCAUAAUUUGCUAGUAGACAUCUGGCUUCCGUCUCCAGCAUAUAUUAGUACUCACGACUUUUAACGCCGCUCUCAACAUCUCCACCACUCGGUCCCUUUUGCAGCCUGACCCCCGAGACUUCCAAAAGGAAUAUAUAUACACCCACAUAUAUUUGGUCCCAUAAAGAGGUGCAAAAACUGUGUAUAUGUGUUCUAGAGCUUGAACAAGCAAGGCUCUACUGCAAAUAAUACUAACAGUUCGCGCAUCUAUUUUGGGCCGGCACGCUCUGGCAUUUCCCGCCGCUCCUGACAUCGGAUAAACAGGCACACGCCCACACGCAGCUCACACCUUUUGUCCUUUUUUUUUUUUCCGAAUUUAUUUUGUUUAGCCUUCUGGCUUGGUUGGGGCUGCCUUACUAGCGGAUUCCCUAGAGUGUUUGGAGGGAGAUUUUGAGUCAAGAUGUUGAAGAUAUGGUCAAUGAAGCAAAAACAGCAACAAGCUGAAAAUGCUGAAGGUACCGGUGGUCCGAAGAAGAAGAAGGUCACCGCUGCGCAGCUGCGAGUGCAGCGAGAUCUAGCAGAGCUCUCCCUCGGUUCAACGAUGAAAAUGAGCUUCCCAAAUGCCGACGAUAUCCUCCACUUCAUCCUUACCGUUGAGCCCGACGAAGGCAUGUACAAAGCAGGCACGUUCACCUUCAACUUCAACAUCAACCAGAACUUCCCGCACGAUCCACCUAAGGUGAAGUGUAACCAGAAGAUAUAUCAUCCAAACAUUGAUCUAGAGGGGAACGUAUGCUUGAAUAUUUUAAGAGAGGACUGGAAACCUGUGCUGAAUUUGAAUGCGGUGAUAGUGGGGCUGCAGUUCCUUUUCCUUGAGCCUAAUGCAUCCGACCCGCUGAACAAAGAAGCCGCCGAGGACCUUCGCCUGAAUAGGGAGCAGUUCAAACGCAACGUGCGUAACGCCAUGGCCGGAGGGACAGUGCGGGGGAUUACAUAUGAGCGAGUUAUGAAAUAAACAGAUGAUAGAUAUGAGGACUUUAGGACAUGAAUGAUGAAACUUAGCCGUGCUCUAUG